AUGGCGCCCAGAUUGUCUUGCUUGUUCUCUAUGAUUGUUUAUAUGGCAUCAUGGCAGGAGAACUUCUUUGCAGAGUCUCUUAACAAUGGCCUAGCCUUAACGCCACCAAGUGAGUUGCUGAUAUGAUAAUUUUUGGCUACUUUCGGCAGAGAUCAGUUUUGGCUCUAUAUCACAUGAUACUCAGCUGAUCACUGACUUGUAGUCAGCUAGUUAAGUGUCCUCGACUAAAAUCUCUCGUCUUCUUCUAUCGCACCAUGAGGCUAGCUGAUUUCUUUCCCCUAAAGUUCUUUGUUGUUUUGUUACCAAAUUCAGUUGUUGAACUUCAUUUAGAAGUCAACUGAAAGCUGGCAAGAUUUCCGAAAAGCCCUAUACUUUAUUGAGCAGAUUGCCUUUUGGACAACGGCUUUGUUCAAAAAUAGUAUGGGGUUGUACGGAAAUCUUUUCCACAUUUACAUGAAGUUGUUUGCUUCAAAGAUUAGGUAAGUGUUCGGCAAAAUGGCUAAAUUUCAGUAGCAGGGAACUCGGUCAAAUAAGAGUCACUCUUUGCAGGAGAGGUGUUUGCCUUAACAGGUGUUGACAGACAAGAUGAAGCUCAAAAUAAUUAAUAAAUUCUCCCGGAGUUUUCUGGGGACAGGGUGACGUUUUCCACCAUAUAGAGGGCAUUAGAGAUUUAUCAGGGAUGUAGACAGGAUUUUCCCAUGAGAGGUCCUUACCUCUAGGGGGGCUUAUAAGGUUGUUUGUGACCAUUGCUAUAGAUAUAAAUGAUCACUUUUACCUGGCAGAGAAGGGAUCACAUGCAUUCUAUUGGCCCACACCCUUUUUAUUAAUAAAGCUGAAUUUCUUUCCUUUUAUAGUGGGAUGGAUGGAUUGGGAGAGAUUCCGUUGUAACACAGACUGCAAAAAUGACCCAGACAACUGCAUUGGGUAACUGCUUGAUUUGUUGGUUUACAUUUAUUAGCAGUCCUUAAAAACAAAGGAUGGGUUAGUUUUUUUACUUUAAUUUUAUCUAGUUUUGACUACCUUUGAGUGGGGUGUCCAUAAAUUUUUCAGUAAGUGGCUACUGAUAAUGCAAUAGGCAGCUGUGCUAUAUGGCAAAACUCAAACAUGAGAGUCUGAUGGCAGCUGCUAAACGGAUGGCAAUGGAAAGUCUUAUUGGUGGGGGUUAACCAGCAGUAUUUUUUAUCUGAAACCCUUGCUGAUCUAUAAUAUGGAGAAGUUUGGUAUGGUUUAAAAUUUUUUUGUUGCUUUUACUGUUUUCAGUGUUUUUAGUGUUUGUUUUUCAGUGAAAAAUUAUUCAUGGAUAUGGCAACUCGUAUGGCUGAGGAUGGUUUUAAGGAUGUUGGCUAUAAAUAUGUAUCUAUUGAUGUAAGGUUUGAUAAUUUUUGGCUUAAAUUUAUCAUCAUUUGUUGCUUGGUUUACUUGGAAAAUUACAGAGAUCUGAUUGUGAGGAAAGACUAUUUGGACCAAUUAUUUUGCUGGUUCUAAUGUAUUGGGAGGAAGUGUUCUCCAUGAAUUUAAUAAGUGUUGUAUAGAUUUAUAACCAGAUAGGCAGUUACAGGUAACUCAGAAUGAUUAGAAGGUAAAGAGUUGUGAUCUUGCUGUGGAGAGAUUUCAAUUCACAAACAUAUCUUCAACAAACAUGAUUUUACAUUCACAUUGCUUUACUUUAUGGUUUUCUGUUGUGUUUAGCACUUAGGUGGUUUAUCAGUGAUGACAUUAGAAGGAUUAAGUCAAAAUUUGUUGACACUUCAUGAAAGUCUCUUUGAUUUGUAGGAUUGUUGGAUGUCUCACAACCGAACGGCUGAUGGCCAACUUCAACCUGAUCCUAGCAGAUUUCCAAGUGGAAUGAAAGCUCUUGCUGACUUUGUAAGUUUGUUAUAGUGCUUUUAAGGUCAUUAAAAAUUCAAAUUUGGUGGGAUUGUUGCUUUCUUGUUGUGUUUUUCUCUUAGUUUUAAAAGAGACAGACCAACUUUUCUCUAAAAUUGUUUGUAUUUUAAUUUUAGAUUCAUUCUAAAGGAUUAAAGCUGGGAAUAUAUGCAGGUAGCAAUUUACAUUUUAACUCCCAAGAUCUGAUUGUUAAACCCCCCCUCCCCUCCCCUCUCUCUAGCUGCUUUGAACACACUUCAAUGCUAGGUACAAGAAUUUGGUGUUAGAUCAAGAUAACAACUAUCGCCUGAUAAGUUUGAGUCUUCUCAUUACCUGUUUGCUGGGUAAUGUAUGGAUAUUAUUGGGAGAAAGUAACAUGUUGAUAACUUCAGGGAGUUAAAGGAUUGAGGACCAUCUGUAAAGAUAUUAUAUAUAAUUUGUUCCUUAUUCACUUCACAAACUUUACAAUUGGUCAAAACAUUUUUUUCCUUAUAAUUCUUCAGAUUAUGGAACAAAAACUUGUGCAGGAUAUCCAGGAACCAUUGAUCACAUUCAACAAGACAUGGAUGUAAGUUAACUGUUGUGUUGUUUGUUGCUACGAAUAAGUUAUUUUAGGUUCAGAACAGCACUAGUGAGAGGUGACCUUACUUUUGUCUGUUCACACUUCAAGUGACCAUUGCAUCUAUAUUUUUUUUCUUUAUCCUUUAACCCUUAAUAGUGACUAGCAUCCAAAUUUCUCUCCACAACAUCAUCCUUGCAUCAAACACUCAAGUUAUGAGAAUAAAGCAAAUGAUCACUAACUAAAGAAGUGACUGAUUGUUAAACAAAUUCUCCUUGCCAGCACAUUUGGAAAUGUAUAGAGAACAGUAUAGAGAAUAUGCAUACUGAUAUUAGAGUGUAAAGGGUUAAAGUGCUGUGUAGAAUAUUUUUAACCCUUAAGGGCUCUGUAUAUAUCUUUCAAAAUACAUUUUUAUAGAUUAAUUUGCAAUAACCUUUAUGCGGGCUAUAUUCCCUUUAAUUUAUUCAGUGAUUCCUUUUCAGACGUUUGCAGGCUGGGGAGUUGAUUACUUAAAGCUGGACGGUUGCUAUAGUGACCCUGACAAAAUGGAUACGGGUUACCCAAUGGUUACUAAAGCCCUUAACAACACAGGCAGACCAAUAGUAUUUUCCUGCAGCUGGCCUGCCUAUCAAAGUGCAAAGAAAACAGUGAGGAUAGACUUCAUUGUUAUGAUAUUUUUCUUGGUGCACAAUGUUGACUUCCAUGCCCAGGAGGAAGUUGUGUGAGAUGACAUUCGUGAUCUCAUUGUUACUUUUCAAUACUACAGAGCCUUUAUGAAAAAUGUAAAUUAUUAUGUCUUGCUCAAUUUGAUAGAAAAUGUACGCAUAUAAACUAUAAUUAAAAGUAAUAGACUGGUAAUGUAAGCUAUAUGUAACUAUUAAAUGACAUGCAGUGUUAAUUUUACAGCCUAACUACACAUGGAUAGCUGAAAACUGUAAUUUGUGGAGGAACUACGAUGACAUACAGGUACCGUGUUUAUAAACAAAGUAUAUAAAUUGAAAUAGUUCACAUACUAAUACACUUAUGUUAAUCUUGUUCCUAAUUAUUUUUCUACAGGAUUCUUGGCAAAGUGUUACAUCAAUUGUUAAGUGGUAUGGUGACCAUCAAGAUGAAAUGAUUCCAGUUGCAGGACCAGGAAACUGGAAUGACCCUGAUAUGGUGAAAAGAAUAAAAUGAUUUAAUUACCACAGCUAUACUGAAAAAAAGAAAAAAAAAGGAAAAAAAUUAUUUUAAGGAGUUUCUGAUUCCUCACAGCCACAUUAAGGGGACGGUUAAUUCUGAUAUCUCACUCAUCUUCUGGUGUAUGAGGAGUAGCUAAAAGCUAUUGAGAUAAAAAAAAUGUCUCUGGAUGCAGAGUGUUCAAGGUUAUGCUUAUGCCUAUCCCAGGUGUAGUUGAGCUUGAUUUGUAAAUUGAUCCUGUUAUUGAUUUUAGAUUCAUAUCAGGAUUAUUGAAAAUCUGAAUUUAUUUGAAUGUAUGCUGUUCUAUUUCAGCUCAUUAUUGGUGAUUUCAGUUUAAGUUUUGAACAGUCAAAGGCACAGUUUGCUUUGUGGUCUGUGAUGGCAUCUGUAAGUAUCUUUUAUAUAGAUAAAUAGUGUAUUUUACUUGAACAAUUAGGCAAACAGUGAUUUUGAUAGCUCUUACAUAAGGACAGAAUAAGUAAGGGAAGAAGUUGAAAUAUUUUAUAUGAUGCUUUGUCACUAAAAUAUAUUAAAGUUCAUUAAAGUUUUAUUAAUUAUUAUUAAAGUUUAUUAUUAGCUUUGUCACAAAUACAUCACAAAUACAAUAGAACCACACUAACUCAAACUCCUAAGGGAAAUGAAAAAUAAGGCAAGUUACAUUGGGGCUCUAGUUAAUCAGGAUGAAAUUUGAAUUUGAAUUAUCCUGUUAAUGAUUAAUAAGGAAUCAUGGUUUUACCAUUCUUUUACAAUCAAUAGUCAUUUUGGCACAUUCAGUUUGUUUUAAAUGAACUUUUUGAUAUGACUGUUUAGUCUGGGAAGUCAAGGUGAAUGUAAUCUAGAUACUGGAUGUGUCAACCAGCCAUGUUCAGACAUUUUAAUGACCUUUUUACUUAAGUUUGAGUUAUUAUGGUAAAUUGGAACCAGGGAAAAUUAAAAUUAGUCUGAGUUAAGAGGGAGUUUGAGUCAACUAAGUUCAAGUUAGCUUCAGUAAAUGAUUCAAAAAUGGUCUCAAAUCCAUCAGAUUUUGUUGGAGUUAGCAGGGAGUAAAUUAGUUAAUUGGUUUCUACCGUAUUCAUAGAUGAUCUCAAGGCUAUCAACUGUGGUUGUGUACUGAAUCAAUGUGAUUUGACUUUUUUCAGCCCCUAAUUAUGUCCACUGAUCUUCGUAACAUUGCACCAUGGGCAAAAGAAAUCCUUCAAAAUGGGUAAAUUGGAGACUUCUUAAUUAACUCUGUAUUCAGAAUAAUUUAUGUAUAAUUUGGGAGCUAAGAGUUUUUCUGAUCAGUUAAUAAAAUUGCAGCUAAAACUGCUAAAAUUUGGAAAAUGUUUUCUUGAGAGGUAAUAGUUUAAUGGUUAAAUAUAUUUGCCAACCUCAAAACAGGGCCAGUCAUCAAUCAGUCAGUCAAACAGUUACUUGAAGAAAUUCAUUCUUAUUUAUUUUUCAGCGAUGUGAUAGCUGUCAAUCAGGACAAACUGGGGAGAAUGGGACGGAGAGUUCUGCUGGUAAGGAAUUCAUAUCUUCAGCUCUUUAGGGUAUUAGUUAUGAGUUGCUGACAUGCUGGUAUGAUUUCAUGCUGAUCAUUCUCUCAAACAAUCUUAUGAAUUUGAGCUCAUUGAAUGCUUUAUUGUAUGUUUUUCGUUAACUCUUAAGAGUGACUAGCGUCUAAUUUCUCUUUAUAAUAUCACCCCUGAAUCAUACAUUAAAGUCACAAGACUAUAUAGAAUUAUCGCCAACUAAAGAAGCUCUUGAUUGUUAAACAAAUUCUCUUUGUCAGCUCCCCAGGAAAUGUAUUGAGGACUGUAUGGAGAUUUUGCAUACUGGGUUUAGAUGCCAUGUUAUUGUUUGCUAUUUCAGGAUGGAAAUCAAGAGAUCUGGGCACGGCCCUUGUCUGAUGGAUCAGUUGCUGUGGUGUUAUUUUCACACUCAGAGUCUACCCCUGAAACUAUGGAAGCAAGUUUUAAAUUGGUUAGUAACAUAGAGUAAUUGUAUUAAUGAUGUUGCUUUACAAAAUGUCCCCAAAAAGUUGAAGGUUAUCAAAGAUAAAAACAUAUUAUUUAAGAGACUGAAGUAAUUAUGAUUUUUUUUUCCUUCAGGUUGGGUUAAGUGCUGAGAAAGCUAAGGCACGUGACCUGUUUGAACACAAGGAACUUGGGACAUUCAUGGGAAGCUUCCAUGCCAUUGUAAACCCGAGUGGUGUAGUGAUGGUCAGAUUAUCGCCAUUAGAGUGACGAUCUUGGAUGUCUAAUGAAACUUG